UGCAAGGCAAACGCCCUACCCGCUAUGCUAUCACUCCAGUCCCUCUUUGGCCCCAUUUUGGCGCACGCUUUCUUUCAUGGUUGCCUUCCAAGUGCUCCAUGAUACCUGCACCCAAGUUUGCACUGAUCCUGAUUGAGAUGGGUACGUUAGUGCAAUUUCCAGUGGGUCAUUGUCCCUCAAGAGUCCUGCCUGGGAGUGUUUCUCUGACACCAAGAGACCCUGAGUGCAAGCAUCUCGGGUGGAUGACCCGAGGAUCAAGCGCUCAGGGGGAUCCGAGUCCUGUGAUUGGAAGGCCCCCCGUUCCUGGGGUCCCUCCCAGUAAAGCAGCAGCAUCCCCUGGCCCAUAGACAGAAGAGUGAUAGUCCAGAGGGUAGGGCGUUUGCCUUGCACGCAGCUGACCCGGGUUCAAUCCCCGGCAUCCCAUAUGGUCCCCCAAACACUGCCAGGAGUAAUUCCUGAGUGCAGAGCCAGGAGUAACCCCUGAGCAUCGCUGGGUGUGACCCAAAAAGAAAAAAAGAGCGGAAAUGAGAGUCCCACAGAGUUCUGCCAACUGGCACUGGCGGAUCUCUGUCGUGCAGGUGCUUCCCUUGAUUUUUGGGUGAUGCUAUCACCUCUGUUCCAUCUCCCGCACCACCUGGUCCUCUGGCACGGCACUGCAGCCAUGCAGGCCCUCAGCCCCUCCAGGAUGGCCCAGGUGACCCCCGGCGCCAGCACUGCACCUACUGACACUGAGCCACUGGUCUGAUUGUAUUAGUGUUAGCACAAAAGUGGUUGUUCCUGCACUAGUUUGGAAGAUUUGCAGACAGAAUUGGAAGUUAGGGUUUAUUGUACAGUUCAAGUAGGUGCAUCUAGGACCUCCCCAGUGUCUACCCGUUCCGCUGACCCAUGUGUGAAGUUGCUCAUCCUGUUCCUCACGGUCUGCCUGCCUCCAGUGGAGAGUGGCCCCGUCUCACCCUGCCUCCUUCUCUCUCCAGGAUGCUUUCGUAGCCCGGGAUCUGCAGCUGGAACCAUCACUCUAGGGCUGUACCCCAGUCCUCCCGGUCCCCUCAGCUUCCUUGGACUCUGGCCACGUAAGCGUGUGAGGGGAGGUCUCCGCCGGCCUGCCACCCAUCUGAGCAGAGCUGGUGGGUGAGGAGAGCCCCGGGCUGGGGAUCCCUUACCUGCGGCCCCUUCCUACCUCAGCCCUCCCAUUGCCUCUUUUAUUUCUUUUGCUUGGAGUCGUUCCACUGGGUGAGAUUUCAGGCUGUCCAACUACACUGACUAGAUCUCUGGCUGCAGCCUGCCUCUCCGCCGUGUCCGUGGUUGACUGACUGCCACGUGGGGGCCCCUGUCCCCUCAAAAAACAGGAAACCCUUUGCUAUUUGCUUUAUGACUUUCUCAGUCAUAUGUGAUCAUCAUUAUCCCCUCAUCACUACCAAUCUUAUCAUUAUCACUGUCACCACCAUCAAACCAUCAUCACCAACCCCAUCACCACCACCAUAUCAGCCACUGUCACCAGCAUCACCAGCAUUCACCGUCAGUGUCACCAUCACCUCCAGCACCGCCAUCACCAUCACAGUGUCACCAUCACCUCCAGCACUGCCAUUACCAUCACAGUGUCACCGUCAUCACCAUCACCAUCUCAGUGUCACUGUCACCUCCAGCACCGCCAUCACAGUCACAGUAUCACUGUCACCUCCAUCACCAUCACAGUGUCAACUGUCACCUCCAGCACUGUCAUCACCAUCACAGUGUCACCAUCACCUCCACUGCCAUCACAUCUCACUGUCACCGUCACCUCCAUCACCACCAUCACCAUCAGUGUCACCAUCACCUCCAGCACUGCCACUACCAUCAUAGUGUCACCGUCACCUCCAGCACCGUGUUCACCAUCUCACUGUCACUGUCACCUCCAGCACCACCAUCACCGUCAGUGUCACCAUCAUCACCAUCACCAUCUCAGUGACACUGUCACCUCUAGCACCACCAUCAUCAUCUGUCACCAUCACCGCCAGCACUAUCACCGUCACAGUGUCACCGGCACUUCCAUCACCAUCACAGUGUCACCGGCACUUCCAUCACCAUCACAGUGUCACCGUCAUCUCCAGUACUGACGUUAGUUCUAUCACCAUCACCAUCAUCACCAGUGUCCUCUUUACCUCUCACCAUCGCCAUCAUCAGCCACCAUAACCUUCACAUGACACCUCAUCCUCCUCGUUCACGUCCUGGACCAGUGCUUACAGCUGCCUUCCCUGACGUAUUGUCCUUGCUUCCUGGUCUCCCUGCAUCUUCAGAUCAAGCCGGUGGGUAGGUGCUACUGUCAUCAUCAGCUGACAGACAAGGCUUGGGGUUGGGGUGUUGGAAUUUGAGGAAGGGACGAGCCUGACACGUCUCUGCUGUAUCCUUUCCUCAGGGAUCCGACCAGGUGCUGCGUCCACUGUCCCGCCCACCUAACCCUUCCUGCCCCCGUGACCGCGGGCACACACGGGGCAUGGUCCAGAGGUGGGGCUGUAACCUGAGUUGGGGCGCGUGACGUCAGGGCAUGCCUCGGUGCCCUCAGGCCAGUGCUCGGCCCCCAUACUGGGACCAGGGCACUCAGCGUCCACCAUGGGCAGCAAGCAGACGGUGUUCACACAUGAGCAGCUGGAGGCCUACCAGGUGGGGUGGCCCCGGCCCAGGGCUGGCUGGUCCCUGCGCGGUCCCGGGGCUGGCCAGCAGCCGGCUGAGCACUGUCCCCGUAGGACUGCACCUUCUUCACGAGGAAGGAGAUCCUGAGGUGUGUGGGCAGGACGAGGCGUCUGCAGCCAGUGGGGACGGGUGAGAGGGGCUCGCUCUGGGCAGGCCGGGAGAGCGACCCAUGCCGGGGGGCAGGCCAGGGACCAUUGCCCAGCACCCUGAAACCCAAGCUGGAAGGGGUGUGGGCCGAGGGGGGCCAGACCUGUGCAUGGGCAUGGGUGUCAGUUACCGAUGGACGUGCCUUGACCGGGAGCCCCAUUGUCUGGUGUGGACAGCUCAAGGAUCAGCCCCGGCCAUCAUGAUCCGGUUACCAGCGGGGAAACUGAGGCUCAGGCUGGGGAGGGGGUACCUGGCAGAGUCCCCAGAAAGGGCACAGAGGUUCUUGUCAGCUCUGCCAGAUGAGACACAGUUUCCUGGCAAGGGAACUCUCUAGAGGGGGCUGGGCAUGGGGUGGGUGUGGCCUGAUCCCUGUGGCCUGAUCCCUGCAUGGUCCUGGGCUUAAGACACUCGUAGCAGCUUGGGGACCCCCGAGUCCCCAGGGGCGUUCUGGGCUGGCAUGUAGUGCACAUGGGGUACACACAGUCAGGGGUUGCAGAAUGUCUCAUUCACCCUUAUAAACACAGCGCCACAUGAAGGGGUUUGCUUUGAAUGCAGUUGACCUGGGUUUGAUCCCGAGCAUCCCAGGGUCCUCUGAGCCCACCAACAGCGAGCCCUGAGCACAGAGCCAGGACUCAGCCCUAAGCACUGCUGAGUGUGGCUCCCCAGUACCCCCCACAUUGGUCCCCUGUCUGCUUGGUCCAUGGAGGGGCAUCUCCAUUCUGGGGUGAGUGUGAGAGACCCCUGGGGGGGUCUGGAUGCUGUAACACACUGGCCCCGUGGGAAGCACCUCGCCUUAGUGCUUCCCCUUUUGCCCACCUGCCUGCCUGGUAAGUUCCUGCUCGUGUGUCAAAACCCAGUGCUAGUGUCCCUUCCUGUGGGACUCCCUCCUUCUUUCAGCACCCCCGUCUAUUACCCCGUGUCAGCUGCACAUGUGGGUUCAGUGGGGUGUGGGCCUGUGCCAGCUCCACCCAGGCCCCAGGCUGGGCAGCCAACAGUCUGAGUGGACACAGUGGCGACUGGAGCAAGAUGCGCAAGGCUCUCCCCGGCCUCUCCCCAGGCUGUUCUACCGCUACCAGGACCUGGCCCCCCAGCUUGUGCCCCUGGACUACACCAGCUGCCCGGACGUGAAGGUGCCUUUCGAGCUCAUUAUCAGCAUGCCCGAGUUGAAGGACAAUCCAUUCCGCCAGAGGAUUGCCCAGGUCUUCUCAGAGGCUGGGGACGGCCACAUGAGCCUGGACAACUUCCUGGACAUGUUCUCAGUCAUGAGCGAGAUGGCUCCGCGCGACCUCAAGGCCCACUAUGCCUUUCGGAUCUACGACUUCAAUGAUGAUGGCUACAUCUGCGCCUGGGACCUGGAGCAGACGGUGGGCAGGCUCACCCGAGGGGAGCUGAGCCCCGAGGAGGUAAGCCUCGUGUGCGAGAAGGUGCUGGACGAGGCGGACAGUGACCAUGACGGGCGGCUGUCUCUGGAGGACUUCCAGAACAUGAUUCUGCGGGCACCUGACUUCCUCAGCACCUUCCAUAUCCGGAUCUGAGCCCAUCGUGAAGGUGACAACUGACAGCAGUGGGUGGAAGGGCGCCCGGGUAGUGGGAAUAAAGACGCAAGUGGCCCCCUGUGUGCGUGUGGAGUGUGCCACCUGCCACGGCCCGGCUGUUCUUGCUCCAGACCAGGCCCAGAUCUCUCUCUCUCUGCCUUGAGGAACUGACCUGCCCCCAUGCCCUGGGUGGGCAGAGAUAAGGGGUGAUAACCCCCAGGCCCCCACACUGAAACCCCCUGCCCGAGCAUCUGCU